AUGAAUCGUGGAGGUCGUGGCGGCUUCGGCGGCGGGCGCGGCGGUGCCGGCGGAAAUCGUGGUGGUUUCGGCGGUGGUCGUGGCGGCGGCCGUGGUGGCAACUCUGGAUUUAACAAAGGUGGCCGCGAUGGCGGAUUUGACAACGGUAAUACAAUCGAAAUUGGUACCUUCGAAUAUCUCGCAAAUAAUACUGCAGUUUAUCAUCUCUCAUCUAAAGAUAAUGUUGUUCCACUCACACAAACCUUCCUUAUGGAUGCAAAUAAAAACAAAGUAGGUAAAGUAGGAGACGUUUUUGGUCCACUCACAGAUGUUCGCUUCAAUCUUGUUCCUGAAGAUAAUAGCUACCUCAAAAAGUUAAAGGUUGGUGAUAAGAUUUAUGCUCCAGAAAAUCGUUGCCAUCCAGAAUCCUUCUAUACUGAUGAUGCCCCGGCACCAAAGCGUGGUGGACGUGGUGGCGGCCGUGGCGGCCGUGGUGGUCGUGGCGGUGGCCGCGGUGGUGGCCGUGGCGGACGCAGUGGUCGCGGAGGACAUUAG